AUGUCGAAAGCGACUCCCUCCUUGGUGCAGCAGUUCUCCCAAUUGGGCUCGACCUCGUCAGCCCAUCAAGAUCACUCGUCUCAUGCAUCGACCUCCGCCUCAACCUUGACUUCAUUCCGAACGCCGGUGAUACCCCAUUCGCAACCUUCAGGACUGUCAAGCUCCGACGUCAGCACUCGAGCACAAGAAGGUUGGACUCCCUAUUGGGGCUCAGGUACGGACGAAGAUUUGGGUCGCUUCGCAGCUUUCUCUACUACCGUCGGACUCGGCGCCAAGCAUCAGCCUUCUCCAGGUCACGACUUGGGAGCUGGAACACAAGAUGCGAUGACACUUGAUUUUGAAUCAUCAUGGAACACCGCUCAACCUUCACCAGCUUGGAAUGAUGACGAACUCUAUCACCAAUCGCACGCCAAGCUCGACAGUGAAGCCGGCGAAGGUCGCAAUGGGUGGCAAGACGGCGACGAGAUUCAAGCUCUGCUUCAAUCCGGUAUGCUCAACGCGCAGCUGGAAGAAGGAUGGGAGCAAGAGCUUGCUUCGGAACAGUCGAGGAAACACCACGCUGAAUCGACCAUAGCCAAGGAUCCGACCAUCUCGUCGGCCCAAGGCCAACUAUCGCCGGUGACGCAGAAAUUGGUUCAAAAAGUCGACGCGUUGGAGCUAGAGGCUCGACUGCACUUACAGUCCCUCUUGACCUUGACCAACGAAUCGGGCGACGACACCCUUGCGAUCCAAGCCUACCUGUCGCAGAAGUCAUACGCCGACGACGUGUGGGGUCUGCCUCGCGAGAUUCGCGAAGUCCUGACCAAGGUCGUCGAAGAACAAAGCCAAGCCAACGAUUCGGACAAGAACAAGGCGCUCCAGCGGCUCAACCUGGUCUUGAAACAUCUCCAAGAGACAACGAUCAGCGUGUCUACCGGUAAGGAAAAGACGAGCCCGACUUUUCGAGGAAGUGGCGCAGCUUCGGAUGAUGAGGGGGACUCGUACGGGAGUGCAUUGCAGCAUGUUGCUGCGAGGCGGUCCUCGCAAUUGGGGCCAAAACACUCUUCGGCCAUGUCGACACCUCCGAACGGGCUAGUUCAAGAUCGUGCACACGAUUUCACUCCUCUGCACGAACGAAUGGCAAUAGGGGGAUCGGGGUACGAAGGGCGAUGA